AAGGUAUAAUUUCCGGUCUCCUGUCACCAUCUUUUUGGAUUUGCUUGUUGUCGUUGUCAGGUCGGCGAUUUUCUAAAAAUCCGCAACCAUGGGUCGCAUGCACGCACCUGGCAAGGGUAUUUCACAGUCGGCGUUGCCAUACCGCCGCAGUGUCCCAACCUGGUUAAAAUUAACCGCUGAUGAUGUCAAGGAACAGAUUUUCAAACUUGGCAAAAAGGGUCUUACCCCAUCACAAAUCGGUGUCAUGCUCAGGGAUUCCUAUGGUGUCGCACAAGUUAGAUUUGUCACCGGUAAAAAGAUCCUGCGUAUCAUGAAGGCCAUGGGUCUCGCCCCCGAUCUACCUGAGGACUUAUACUACUUGAUCAAGAAGGCUGUCGCCAUGCGCAAGCACUUGGAGCGCAACAGGAAGGACAAGGACAGCAAAUUCAGACUGAUUCUUGUCGAGUCCAGAAUACACAGGCUGGCCCGUUACUACAAGACCAAGAGUGUGCUCCCUCCCAACUGGAAAUACGAGUCGAGCACCGCCUCCGCUUUAGUGGCUUAAGUUAAUAAAUCUUAUAAAAUUUA